UUAUCGGGGAAAAUAAAUGCGAUAAAGCAAUCGUAAAUUACAUUCACGGUCCUAUUUAGUAUUUUUAAACACAGAAACAAUCAUUCUGUGCGAUAUUAAAAGAUCUUGUGAAAAGAAAAGAACUCACUUUGCGUUACAUCGAUCUUGCAAUAUUCGGGAUUGAGGUAACGGUAGCCCUCGAUCGGGAAAGGACAAAAUGGAGGAAAAAAGAUUCGACAUAGACAAACCACUUUGGGAUCUCAGCACCUUCGCAGGGAGAUGGAAACAUUUCGCAUCGGUGACUGAUUUCCGCACAUGCCUCGUUCCUGAAUCCGAACUGCACAAUGCGAAAAAACUAUACGAAGAAUGCAAACUUGGGAAGGAACCACCUGGUACAACCCGAGAGCAAAUGAUCUACGCUAAAAAGCUUUACGAGUCUUCCUUUCACCCCGAUACCGGUGAUCUACAGAAUGUCUUUGGCAGGAUGUCCUUUCAAGUGCCAGGUGGUAUGGCAAUUACCGGUGCUAUGCUUCAAUUCUACAGAACAACUACCGCCGUAGUCUUCUGGCAAUGGAUGAACCAGUCGUUCAACGCGUUUGUUAACUAUACUAAUAGAAACGCUAACAGCCCCACGACGGAGUUUCAAUUAGGGAUGGCUUAUGUUAGCGCUACCUCUGCCGCUAUGUUAACAGCAAUAGGAUGCAAGUCGUUCUGGGCGAAACGAGCGAACCCACUUAUGGCGCGUUAUGUGCCGUUUGCCGCUGUGGCAGCUGCGAAUUGCGUGAACAUCCCUUUGAUGAGGCAAAAUGAAAUAGAACAGGGGAUUGAAGUCGGCGAUGAAAAUGGCAAUAAACUUACAAAAUCAAAACUGGCAGCGAUCAAAGGUAUCAGUCAAGUAGUAAUCUCAAGGAUUGUGAUGUGCGCACCUGGCAUGCUCAUUCUUCCGCCCAUUAUGGAGAAAUUAGAGAAAUACCCUUGGAUGCAGAAGAUCAAACCAUUACACGCGCCUAUACAAGUUGUGCUCGUCGGUUGUUUUCUGACGUUUAUGGUGCCCACUGCCUGUGCAUUGUUCCCACAAAAUUGCUCGAUUAAGUCAAGUAAUUUGGAACGUUGGGAACCCGAAAAUUACGAGAUUCUAAAGAAGAAUUGUAAAGGCAGAGAGAUACCUACGCAUUUGUACUUCAACAAAGGUUUAUAAUGUACGAGAACCGGUAGUCCCGAUAAAAAUCACUUCAAGAAUGCAUUUUCAGUCACCUUUUAAAAGGAAUUAUAGUAAGCCGAUAAACUAUGGAAUUGAACGAGUUUUCAUAUAUAAUACAAAGUCGGGAUACUUGUAGUUUUCUGCUGGUUCAGAGGAUGACAAACGUUCCGAGAAGAACCCAGACCUAUUAUCUAGUGAAUAUGACAAUAUUGCAUUUGAAAUGAUUUUUACUCAUAUGGCAAUAUACUUUAUUCCUAUUGUUUGUGCUAAGUUACGAUACUUAAAUACUCAUGGUGCAUUUUUCUAAUCAAUAAUCGUCAUUCACGACAGUGAUAAACAUUACAAACGCUGACAGUACAUACUGUUAGUGAAUGUAAUUAUUAUACACGAGACGGUUUCGCACAGCAAUAAUUUGUCCCUAUUUAAUGAAUUAGGCGAACAUAUCUGUUAUGCGUUAAGCCGCAAUAUCGUAAUCUUACACACCAUUGUUAAAUCGCUCGAAACGUGUAUUAAAUUUUUUAACGAUUGUUGAUAUAUUAUUAUUUCUACCUUUCUAAAUGAUUAAACAAAGCAAACAAUGCUGUCAUGUAUAUUUUAGUAAUAUUACAAUAAACGAUACAAAAUUAA